AUGACACGGGUGUGUGACACGUGGGAAGCCCCGUUUGAUCUUCAACGUGGAAGCCAAUCCUUAUCUGAGCAUUAUGCUCGUUUCACGACACUUUGCAGGCAAUUAGACACUUAUCUUCCAGCUUCGAACGAUCCAGUUGUUCUCGUCAAACGACAAGAGGAUCUUCGAGUUAUACUAUAUCUCAAGACCCUCGGAUUUGAAUAUUUCUCCUUUCGCCAGCAGAUUACCUCUCAGAGCUCCCUUCCUACCGUAGAUGAGACUUUCUCCCAAGCUCUUUGUUCCACCCCUGCUGAAAAGAUCACCUCAGUUGUAGAGACAAGUGCUAUGAUUUCUCAUGGCACUAAUGUACGUGGAGCUCACGGUCGUGGUUUUCGUGGUCGUGGUCGUAGUUUUACUCCGAGUGGAGGUCGUGGAGGCCGUGAUGGAGGUGCUGGUGCUCGUGGUGCCACUAUCUUUGGGGGUGGUCGUGGCUCCCGUUUUUGUACUCAUUGUCAAAGGGCUGGACAUAUAUAA